AUGCCAGUCCACUAUGUGACAUAUGAAGGCAUUAAGUUCCCUCCUGCCUACAACUCUGAGCACAGCUUGAAUUUCGCCCACAAUGAGUUCCUGGUGCGGGAUGAUGACAUCUUCAACGUCACCUACCCCAAGUCUGGCACCGUGUGGAUGACCGAGAUCCUGAGCCUCAUUCGCAGCCGUGGCUGUCCCAGCUGGAGCCAAGCUGUCCUCAAUUCUGACCGCAUGCCCUGGUUCUCAACUCGUCUGGGGCUGGAGUCAGCGCUCAGCUACCCCUCGCCUCGCCUGCUGACCUGCCACCUGCCCAGGCACAUCUUCCCUAAGUCCUUCUCCCAUUCACAUGCCAAGAUUAUUUACACCCUACGGGAUCCUCGAGAUGUUGUUGUCUCCUACUACUACUUCUCCAAGAUGUGCAAUAGCUAUGAGGAUCCCACGUCUUUUGAGCAGUUCUUGAAGGACUUUCUGAAUGGAGAGCUGCCCCAUGGCUCCUGGUUCGAACACGUCCGGGGCUGGAUGGAGAUGAAGGACACAGAGAAUUUUUUCUUCAUCACCUAUAAAGAGCUGAAGCAGGACCUGCAUGGAAGCGUGAGACGUCUCUGCCGGUUCCUGGGGCAGGAUUUGGAUGACAAGGCCAUCUCCUCAGUGGUGCAAAAUGCCUCCUUCACAGCCAUGCGGGAGAACCCAAUGUGCAGCUCCAUCCUGCUCCCUGCAGACAUCAUGGACCAGACAAAGGGCCAGUUCCUGAGGAAGGGCAUCUGCGGCGACUGGAGGAACCAUUUCACAGUGGCACAGAGUGAGACCUUCGACAGGAUCUACCGGGACAGGAUGCAGGGGCUGAACGUGACAUUUCCUUGGGACAGGCGUUAG